UCACACACGGCUCCGAAAUAACCCCAAGUAGAGGACUUCCAGCUAUGCGUAUAGUAUAGAUGUCCAUAUAGCACGCUGGGUUAAUAAUAGGAGCACGGUUGUCAAGCUAUUUCAGAAGGAAGGGGGGAGUGUCAGCCUAUUCUCAUUGGAUCCGUUUUAUCCUGCGAGUAUCUCACGAAGUUGCGAGUGGGAGGAGAAUUUUCCAGCAACGGAGGAUAUCAAAAAUAAACCCCCUCAUGUCCAAGGGAAGAGCAGAAAGUAUAAAUACCCCCGAUGUGUCCAGACUGCAGCGGUGCUGGGUGAGUGGUACAACAGGACUCACAGGCUUGGUUAUAGGGAAUUAGAAAACGACAACUCAAAGACAGACUGAAAUUAAAUACCAGAUUGACCAAGACUGGCUCUCUACAACGCUGGAAAAAAACACUUUAAAUUUGAAAAGCUCCUUUAAAUUUGAGGAGAUAUUCGAUUGGAGAAGAAGACGCGCCACACACCAAAGAUAUAAAAGGACAUACAUUGCAAUACAAUUUUCCAUUUGCAGAAGAUGAUGUGCUCCCCUGUGAUCUUUUUACUGCUGUGCGUAAUGAACGCGGCGCUUUCCGCUCCAUUUGAAUCAGAGGAUGUUGUACCUGUUCGGAUAAAUGGAAGAAUCAGUGGUCGCUUUUGGAAAAGAAGUGAGGAACAGCCGAGAUUUACCCUCAGUGCGUUUGGCAAGGACUUGACUCUAAAUCUGAUCCCUGAUACCAGCUUUAUCUCGCCCUCCUUCACCAUCCAGCGCAUCAGAAGAGCCAGAGAUGUUGGAGCUUUACGCACAGCUCCAGGUGCGGAUCUCCAGAAACGCAUGAACCAGACGGAGGAGAGUGGAGGAGAGUUUAUGAGCUGCUUUUACUCUGGGAGUGUAGAUCACGACCAGAGCUCGGUUGUGGCUGUCAGUUUGUGCUCAGGCAUCUUUGGCUCCUUCAUAACGGAGGGGAUCGAGUAUUUAAUUGAGCCCAAACUUGGCGGAUUGGAGCCAGACUCUGUGGAGCAGCUGCAUGUCAUCAAGAGGAGGACAUUCACCAACAGUAUGCACGGUAUUGCCCUCCUGUUUGAUCACGCGAAGAAGAAGCACAAUGGGGAAAGUUUUACGCAUCCCGGUGACGGUGACGGUGACGCACGGAGGGAACCUCGCCGGAGACGCUUUGUUUCCGCGCCUCGGUUCAUAGAGACCCUGGUGGUAGCAGACUCAACCAUGACACACUUCUAUGGAGAUGAAAUAAAGCACUACAUUCUGACCCUGAUAUCAAUGGCUGCCCAGCUUUACAAGCACCCCAGCAUUAAGAACUCAGUAAACAUAGUGGUGGUGAAGAUGUUGGUGGUGGAGGACGAGGAGGUCGGCCCGGAGCUCUCCAGCAACGGAGGCGUGGCUCUGAGGAACUUCUGCUCCUGGCAGCAGCUCUUCAACCCACCAAGCCAGAGGCAUCCAGAGCAUUACGACACCGCCAUGCUCUUCACCAGAGAGGACAUCUGCGGACAGAAGAGCUGUGACACAUUGGGUGUGGCCGAUGUCGGGACGAUGUGCGACCCCAAGAGAAGCUGCUCAGUCAUCGAGGAUAACGGCCUGCAAGCUGCCUUCACAGCUGCACACGAGCUCGGUCAUGUGCUGAGUAUGCCUCAUGACGACUCCAAGACCUGUGAGAGGCUGUUUGGAGAUCUGGGUGGACAUCACCUGAUGGCUCCUCUGUUUGUCAGCCUCAACAUGACGGCGCCUUGGUCUCCCUGCAGCGCCCUCUACAUCACAGAGUUCUUUGACAAUGGACACGGGGAUUGCCUGCUGGAUGUCCCAGAGAGCACCAUGCCGUUACCAAGAGAGCUGCCAGGCACCAAGUACAGCCUGGACCAGCAGUGCCAGCAGAUGUUUGGAGAGGAGUUUGUCCAAUGCCCCAACUCUUCAGACAGUGAUGUUUGUAGCCAGCUGUGGUGUCAGGAGGACGGGACGCAGCAGUGCUCCACCAAAAACGGCAGCUUGCCCUGGGCUGACGGAACCCCCUGUAGCCUCAACGGGACCUGCUUCCACGGAGUGUGCAUGUCCACUCAGGAGGUGAUGCAGCCAAUGGUGGCUGUGGACGGCGGCUGGAGCUUGUGGGGACCGUGGCAGCAGUGCUCCAGAACAUGUGGAGGUGGGGUGGAGUUCUCCUACAGGGAGUGCACUGACCCGGUGCCUCAGAACGGAGGGAAGUACUGCGAGGGACAGAGGGUUCAGUACCAGUCCUGCAACACACAGCUCUGUGACAACAGCGACGGAAAGAGUUUCAGAGAGGAGCAGUGUGAGAAGUACAACAGCCCCAACUACCUGGACUACAACGGGAAUAUGAAACAGUGGAUCCCAAAGUACGCUGGUGUUUCUCCCAGAGACAGAUGUAAGCUGUUCUGCAGGGCCAGGGGCAGCAGUGAAUUUAAGGUGUUUGAAUCAAAGGUGAUUGACGGGACGACCUGUGGCCCUGACACCACAUCGGUGUGUGUCCAAGGCCAGUGUGUGAAGGCAGGCUGUGACCAGGUGAUUGGAUCCAACAAGAGAGUGGAUAAGUGUGGAGUGUGUGGAGGAAGUGGGAUCACCUGUAGAAAGAUCACAGGCUCCUACAACAAAGCAACAUACGGAUACAGUGACAUUGUCACAAUUCCUGUUGGUGCUACUAACAUUGACGUCAAACAGCGGAGCCACAGAGGAAUCAAACAUGAUGGGAACUACCUGGCUAUAAAGAGAGAGAGUGGCAGUUACAUCCUCAACGGUAACUUCUCUGUAUCCACGGUGGAGCAGGACAUUCCUGUGCUGGGUGCUGUGCUAAAGUACAGCGGCUCCUCCACCACGCUGGAGAGGAUCCAGAGCUUCAGGCAGCUGAAGGAGGCCAUCACCAUCCAACUCCUCGCCACUGCGGGGGACGCCAACCCUCCCAAGGUCAAAUAUACCUUUUUCAUUCCCAGAGAUGUGACCUUCAACAAAUCCAAGGAGAGGAAGCCGUCUUUGCAUAUCAUCCAUCCGUUCGGCGUGCCUGACUGGGUGCUCGGGGAGUGGUCUGAGUGCUCUAAGAGCUGUGGCUCCGGAUGGUCCAGGAGGAACGUUGAAUGCAGAGACACCGCGGGCUUCCUCUCCAGCCAGUGCGACAAAGACCUGAAGCCCGUAGACAUCAGGCCUUGCGGGGAUCUGCCAUGCCCCAUAUGGCAGAUGGGACCUUGGUCAGUCUGCUCACGAACUUGUGGCCAGGGGGAGCGGCGCCGCAGCGUCUUCUGCAUAGACUACACUGGGAAGACUGUUGAGCCAGAGAAGUGCGAUCCGAACAAAAUCCCAGAGCCAGUCUCCGCAGAAUGUCUCAACCAAGAGUGCUUAUGAAGAACAUGAGUAUAGUGAACUUUCCCUUUUUAGUCUGACUGCACUUACGAACCAUGGAUGGAUUACUGAAUGGGCACCCUCGGCACAGACCCAAGGGGCCAGGUGUAGAGACACACAACGACCACAAAGAGACACACAGCAAACACCAAGAGACACAAAACAACCACAAAGAGACACAUAAGAACCGUAAACAGACACAAAACAACUGCAAAAAGACACAGUACAACCACAAAGAGACACAAUACGACCACAAGAGACACUUAAAAACCACAGACACAUAACAACCAUAACCAGACACAAAACAACUGCAAAGAGACAUUUCACAACCAGAAAGAUACACAUAACAACCACAAACAAAGACAAAACAACUGCAAAGAGACAUAUAACAACCACAAAGACACACAUAACAACCACAAA